AUGGAAGGCAAAAAGGUACCAUCCUCGGCUUCAGCGUUGCCCGCCGGUACACCGAGACCCGCAGCAGUUGGGACAAGCACGAUGAUGCCCCCGCCGGAACGUGCCCCAGCAGUGGGCCAGCAGCGCCAGCUCCAACUAUCGACGAUCGGUGGAAGAAACGAGACACCGAAUUCGGUUACCAUUGCUUUGCGGCCCGUCGGAACGCCGCACAAAUCUAUGGUAACAAUUUCUCCCACCACACCGCUAUCCGCGUUCCGAACACCGGGGAACCGUCCGUCGCAGAUGAUCGAUAAAUGUGACAAGGCGGUAAUCACGCUCCGCAGCGGCGGCGGAGGCGGCAGCAGCAGCACCGUUACCCGUGGCCAGGAGCACGGAGGAAUGCAAUCGACGGUAGUUUCGGUGAAAACUCCUCAGGGCGACACACAAGAAGUGGCGAUUAAGGAGCUGCUCUCGGGUGCCGCUGCGGCAGGAGCUGCGUCUGCGGUGCAGAAGAUUGUCAUAUGUCGUAAGGACCUAGCACCGCUAUCAUCGGGGGUGGUUACUGUUCAACAACAGCGGAAUCAACCGGUGCUCGAAGUGUACAGCACUUUGAAAUCUCAGAUCGAAACCGGAUACAGAGUGCAGAUCGGCAGCACUGACAUAAUGUCCCUGCCAAAUCCACAGCUUACUACUCAAACGACGAUUGUAAAGCAACAAGCACUAGGCGCGGCACCGAUUCUGUCACCGGCUGCCGAACAGAUUGGCAAUACGGUUUUUGUGCCUGUAAUUGCACCACAGCCACCGCCUGCUACCACCACAAGUGCUUCGGUGCCAAAAGUUUAUCGUAGUGCUGGACCAAAACAACAGGCCGCAGAAACGGUAAAUAAGGCAUUCGCAUCGACAGCCACGCUUGUCGCGGACCCAAAGGUAGAGCAUUGGGACGGUUCCAGGGUGUUCGUCUCGGGAGGAUCCGAACAAGCUGCAUCCGCUGACUCCAUUGCGUCGAUAGUCCAAGCACAUGUAAUUCCCUUCGGUACCACUAUCAAGGUGAAAUCGCUUACGGCCGCGGAUAAGUUGCCCACAGCGUCGUCCGUUGCUAGCAGCGUGCUUUUGCCGGCCAACAGUUUAUUGAACACGCAGCAAGCGCAAGUCCGCCCGGUGCUGUCCUCAAUGUCAACGGUGUCGACUCCUGCAAAGACGGGCAAUCCUUCCAUCGUUGUCACUCAGCAGCCUGUUGGCAACACCGUGGUCAACAAGCUGAUGAUAACAAAGGGUGGAAACUGUACGACGACGACGACGACGGUAGCAGCCAGUAUUCCUGCGGUACCGCCACUGUACGUUCCCGCAAACGUGGAUAGCAGCCUGCUGAAGGGUCCACUAGCUCCACUGCCCCCCGGUGAAACAGUAGGCGAACUAAAAGGAUUCCAGCGAAUUCCCAUCGUCUUACAGCAAUCGCUACAGCGGCCCAACUUUGGGGUUCCAUUUCCUCCUGUACCGAAAUUGACACCGUUCAACACGAAAGCGACCGUUCCGACCAACGUUGCGCCACCGGAGAAAAGGCUUCUCCGGGAAUCGGAAAUGUCCUCCAAUAGUAGCGCUACUACCAGUGCCAGCAUCAACGGCACCAUGAUCGUCGAACGGUCCGUGGGAAUAGCUGAGGGAAAUAGUGUUUCCACCAACACCCAAGGUGACUGUGGUCAACACCACAGAACGGAAGGAAAAGACGAUGAAGAGAACAACGAUGAAGCUAUGAAGGAUAAUCUCUGUGCGAAUGUUGUUAAAGAUGAGAACGAAACUAGUGAGGCUGUCGAAAUGCUCGAUAGUUCAUUCGUAGCGGAAACAAUCGGCAAACCUUCGCGUACAAACCCGCCAUCGAAUGUCGGAAAACGGGAUGCAGACGCCCUGGAUGGAGAACCGAGAACUUCAGGCAAUCCGAAAAGCUCACGGCUACUGAAGCGUGCCUUUUCGGUGCAGUAUCGACCUGGAACCGAUUUGUCACAAGAACCUACCACGGCCAGCUUUACUGGCCAGCGACACAUGAACCGUCGCUUAUCGGAGUAUCCUAAAGACCAGCAGGUUAUUGAUUCUAUGAAGGAAAAGUGGAACAAAGCGAUCAUUAUCAGUGACCGUACCAAGCAGAGAGACGUGAUGGAACCAGUUGACGGAGCGCAGAACGACAACCCGGUAGGUGAGGGCAGCCCGGUCACCCCGCCAGAAGCCGGCCAAAGCAAACCGGAUUUGUUGUUGCGAUGCAACGAAACCAUCGACCAAUCGGAUGCUUCGGAGGAAAAGCGAGCGCUACGAAAAAAGAGUCGCCAUACGAAAAAGAGCGACGAAAAUCGUGCUCCGGGAACCAAACGGACCGUGUCUACUUCGUCGGAAAGCACUACCGCCACGGGGAUGCUGUUCACCGGACGUCGCCAUUUUCCGGGGGCUGAAAAGAAAGCACAAGAAGCGAGUACGACGAAACGAGCACGCACAUCAUCGGUGACGGUAGGCAAAGUUAGUAGAGGAAAAUUGGGCCGCUUCACGAAACCCGCCAGCCCAUCCGAAUCGUCGUUCAGUGUGCAAGACGAUAAGGAUUUCAGAGAGGAUGUGGAUACGACCACAGUUUCGGACCAUCUACGGUGGUACGACGGGAUCGGUUAUCUUGCCCACAGCACGCUCCACUUUGAGUUCAAUCACUUCGGGCUGGUGAUUCCGAUGGCAACGACAGACUACGAACGUCACUGCACCACCGAUGUUUACCGCUCGUUGCAGCAACCGUUGUCGGAACGGCCAAGAACAGUCCCACCACCUCCAGGAGCACCGCGAGCUACGGAACACAACUACCGGUGCACACAGUGUCGCGCGAAAGGUCGCGCAGUUGACUUCGUUACACCCACUUUCUGUAGUAUAGCGUGUGUAGAAAGGACCAACAACCAAGUGCUAAUCAAGCAUAUCAAAGGCUCCACGCACGCUUACAGCACCGCGGACCAUGCGUCAUGUGAGCUGCCUGAUGGCGCCGGAGAUGGACCGAUGGCACAGCAGGAUAAAAAGGCGCCCGCUCGAUCAGCUACGGUUGUGAACACAUCAACAACGAGCGAUGAAGACUCGAUGAGUUCGCUCAGCUCCAAUUCGAACAUGUUUCAAAAGCGUCCGAAGACUAACCAACGUUCAUUGCUUCCAUCCCCGCCAUCUACCCCGUCGACGGCCGAUAGCAGUAGUAGUGUCAGUAGCCACAGCAACAGUGGCAAGAGCAGUAACAUCGGUCCCGGCGUUAAGCAAACGGUCGAUUUCAACUGGGAAAAGUACCUAAAGGAGGUAAAAGCUGAAGCGGCACCUGUAGAAUUGUUUGUUGGACAACGGGCUCCGCUGCCGGACAAUAUCACGGCGUCCACCACGCGCAUCGUCAAUCCGUUCGUGCAGGGCAUGAAGUUGGAAGCGAUUGAUCCAGAAAACAACUCUUUGUUCUGCGUGUGCUCUGUCAAGACGGUGCGCGGCUAUCGGAUGAAGUUACACUUCGAUGGAUACACGGAGAAUUACGAUUUCUGGGUCAACGCCGAUUCGGUGGACAUCUUUCCGCCCGAUUGGUGCCGAACUACCGAACGUCCACUUCAGCCACCGUACGGAAUAAAGAGCGCUUCGUUCCACUGGAAAGACUAUCUUCGCUCGACGAAAGGGAUCGUUCCAAAGAAGGAGUGGUUCCGGCAUCUGACGGCAAAGCCGCACAAACACCAGUUCGUAGCCGGAAUGUCGCUCGAAGCAGAUGAUCUGCGUAAGUCGGGCAAGGUAUGUGUGGCCACGAUUACCGACAUAAUCAAUGAUCGCCUCCUGAUUCACUUCGAUGGAUGGGACGAGAGGUACGAUUAUUGGGUGAACAUGGCGUCACCUUACAUCCAUCACAUAAACUGGCAUCGGGAGAACAACGAGAAGAUUACGCCACCCCCCGAUUUUUGCCGUCAAUUUGAUUGGGGUCGCUACCUGCGGCAAAAAGGAAAUCAAGCGAAAUUAAAUACGCCAGCAAGCCGUUAUCUGUUCAAAAUGCGGAAACGGAUCGACUUCAAGGUAGGCCAUCGGCUAGAGGUUGUAGAUCGGGCGCAGGAAAGGCUGAUACGACCUGCAACAGUCAUCGCCACCGAUGGCUACGAGAUUAAGGUGUGCUUCGACGGGUGGCCUGCAGCAUACGCUUUUUGGAUCGAGGAUGACAGUCCCAACAUCCACCCCGUCAACUGGUGCGCUUGGACGAACCAUCCUUUGGAAACACCGCCCAACUACAACGUUCAACAACGCGUCACACCGAAUGGAGCUAGUUCGUGCAGUAUUGGAUUUUGUCAGGGAAAAGGGAACUCCAAAUGGCCCCGCAAAAUGGUACACGAUUCUUCUCUGGAGUGUCCGUACAGAAUGACCAACUGGACCAACGAGGAGCGUAAGAAGUUGCGCAUAAACAACGAUGAAGUACAAAAAUUUGUUCAUAAAGUCGUUUCGGCCGAACCCGAGGCACAGUCCGCUGGUGGGGCCCCAAGUGAAUCGAACAAAUUCAAACCAAUCCAGAUCAACACAACUUUUAAAAGAGUAUCAUCGCCAUCACGGCCGAUGGUUGAAGACUCGGUUCCAGACGAACAAAAACUAUCGGCGUCCGUAAAGCGAAUCAAAAUAGAACCAGAAGAAGGCGGGAACGCAUUUUCGUCCCAUGAACCACUAAUAACACCAUCUUCAGCAACAUUAUCACUGGCACACAUGAACCGCGGUCCAAUGGCAUCGAAGAGAAGUCUGCUAAAAAAGAAUGCUGCUGCGACAGUGGCCUGUUCUUCGGAAACUCCCGUCACCAGCCGCAUUAGUUCUUCAGUGCAGCAACACCAGCAGCAACCGCAACAAUCGGUGGCCAAACCAAACCAAACAGAAUACAAUCCCAUGAAAAUAGCGCUUCCCGUAAUUGACGGCUACGGUCCGAGGUUGCUGCACGCUUACGAAAUAUGGCAGAAGCAUUCGCGCUUCCUCGACCAGUGCACGGACCAGAAUGGCGGGUCGCAAAAAAAUCCGCUCUACUGGACGAUCGACGAAACAGCACGAUACAUCGAGAAGCUGCCUGGUUGUAGCGAGUGUGCGGUGAAGAUGCGGCUCGAGGAGAUCAACGGUAAGUCGUUCCUCAGCUUUACGCAGAAUGAUCUGAUGCAGUACAUGGGCUUCAAGGUUGGGCCGGCGAUCAAGAUCUACAAUCGCAUCAUUCACCUGCGCCAGUUGGUGACGAGUAAGUUCGUACAACUCUAGGCGUUCGCGAGUCCGGAUGAAAAGGAUUAUCACGCCUUUUGUCCUCCAAUGUCUUCUUAUUAGACCAAUCUUUUAUUUUAAUUUAAGAAUUAACAUCAUUGUAGAAAGAGUGAAACGCCAGCGACAGGAAGUCGCUCUUUCAUUAUUUCUUUCAUAAAUUAUAUUGUAAAAAUAGAAAGCGAGGAAGAAGCAAUGUUCACAGCGAACACAAACAUAUUUUUAUUGUUAGCUCAACAGUGAGGAAUGGAUGAGUAAUAAAAACUGCGGAUGACUGUAAUCAGUCAACUAAGCAUCGAGAAUUGUACAGCUGAAAUCAAUCAAAAGCAUACGAAUAAAAACAAUAGUUUGUCUGC